GGGGCCACAUGCCGCCCCCUUGCCCAGAUGUUUGACCCACGGUGGGAAAAGGCAGCCCCCUCCAGGUCGAAUGUGCAUGGACCCGGCCUGGGACAGAGCCCGUGGGCCUCGGCCAAGCACAGCCAGUGUCCACGUGCAGGAGUUGAGCUGGCAGGGCCUGCACAACCCCUGCCCGCAGAGCAAGGCCCCGGGCAGCCAUGGGGGUGGCCACAGCGAGCAGCUGGUGGAAGAGUGUCUGGCACCUGCCCGACUGAAGGCCCUGGCCCGGGUAGAUGACCUCCGACUGGUGAGCAUCCUGGAGAUGCGUGUGGACACCCGCGAGAACAGUCUGGGGAACUUCGGGGUACACCUGCCCAACCUCAGCCAACUGAAGUUGAACGGCAGCCACCUGGGUUCCGUGAGAGACCUGGGCACCUCCCUGGGCCGCCUGCAGGUGCUGUGGCUGGCUCGCUGUGGCCUGACUGACGUGGAUGGCAUCAGCUCCUUCCCGGCCCUGAAGGAGCUCUACGUCUCCUACAACGAUGUCUCGGACCUGAGCCCGCUGUGCCUGCUCGAGCAGCUGGAGGUGCUGGACCUGGAGGGCAACAGCGUGGAGGACCUGGGGCAGGUGCGCUACCUGCAGCUGUGUCCACAGCUGGCCACACUCACCCUGGAGGGCAACCUGGUGUGCCUGCGGCCAGGCCCCGGCCCCACCAACAAGGUGCCUCCAGGCUACAACUACCGGGCAGAGGUGACAAAGCUCAUCCCCCAGCUGCAGAUCCUGGAUGAGGUUCCAGCCACACACACAGGCCUGCCAGCCUCCUGGAAGCUGGACCAGGACUGGCUCAUGGUGAAGGAGGCCAUCAAGGAGGGCAGUGUCCUGGACGGCCUGCUCCCCGGGCUGGAUCGACCCCACGGAGCACCCGUUCAGAGACUCAGCCCCAAGCUGUCCCUGCCUGAGACCCAGCCCCGGGCCCCUAGGCUCUGGCCCCUCUCCCUGCUGGUCCCUGAGGGCCCCCUGCCUAAAGACCUGCUUCCCAAGGCCCUGGCCCCAGAGGAGGAUGCCAGCACCCUCACCCACGGCGCUGGCCGAGUCCUCUGCGGGAACCCCAGCAAAGGCCUGCGGGAGCGUCGGCACCAGUGCCAGGCCUGGGCACCCCCAGAGCAGCUGCCCCCACACAGGCCAGAAGACCUGGCAGCCAGUGCCUCCACUCCAGGGCCUGACCCUGUGGAUGACCAUAAUCUCCUGGCCUUGGCUAGGCUUCAGGCCUGGAGGGAGCUGCACCUGAGCCCCCUCCCCCAUAGGCACCUGGAGUCCCAGCAGGAAGGGGCCACAGCCCCCCGGUGCCCACCAAGAGGCCCUGAAGAGCAAAAGGACCCAGCUGGGCUCAAGACAUCCCCCAGCCCCCCAAGUCCGGCCCCAGAGCCUUCCAGGCCCUUGGGCUGGAACCUGACCCCCUCUCCCCCCAAGUUCCCCACGCCACCUGAUUCGGGAAGCACCUCCUGGGGGUCCGCAGACCUGCAGUUCCGGCGGCGGCGGCUCAGAGCCCUGGGCAGCGUGGGGCCUGGCCUGGGUCAGGGGCUGGCUGCCGUGACUGCUCUGAGAGCCCUAGUAGAGGUGGCCUCAGGCUCGAGCCCUCGAGCCCAAGGAUGUCCAGAUCCGGCAGCCAGACCCCCAGGUCUCCGGUGCAUGCCACGCCUAACCCCUAUCACCCCAGCCCAAUCCCACCCCUAGUGUAAACCCCCACCCACUGCCAAGCUGUCCUGGACUUCAGCCAAGAUGCCGCAGUGUGGUCGUGGGAGCCCCAUGUGAACUGGGGCAGGUGUGUUACCGAGUGGGAAGUGGGCCUGGCACAGGAGAGGCCCCUCUUGGUGGAGAGGAGUGGGGCUUGGGACCAGCAGGGGAGGGCACAGGUGAGAGCCCAGAGUAGGAUGGCCAGCUUGCCACCUCUGGCCCAGCUGCCCACUCCUUCCAUGGGGCCUGGCUUUCCCAGGAGGAGUGGUCAGAGGCGCAGGCCUGGAAGAGCCUGCGUUGGGCCCAGGCGGAGCUGAGCCCCGUCCACUCCCUGGCAGGCACUCCAGCUGCCCCAGGGCUCUGCCCCUGGGCUGCUGUGGUCCCAGGUGGAGGCACUUGCCCUAGGCCAGGCAAGGUGCGGCCAGGACUCCCAUCCCUGGUGGAUUUGUGGGGCUCCCUCUUGGGGCAGGACAUCCAGAAACAGAAAGCGAGCGAAUCAUUUUCGACUCUCAGGUGUACAGAAUGCAGUUUACUUUGUAAGCGAAGUUGGUUGAAUAAAUUAUGCAGCUGGCA